AUGUUCGAGAAGCCGGAUGUGAAACUUGUCAACAUGGAGGACAGUGUCAUCGAACAGCUAGCUGAUGACGAGGAGUUUAGAAAAUUCCUGGAUGAAACAUUUGAUGUCAAAGCUCAUGCCAACCAAGCAAUACAAGGGAAGGCAAUUUCAGAUCAGCUUUCAAAACUUGCAGAGGGAAUAUCUCUUCUGGACAGAGAAAUCCAUUCACAGAUUGUUGCUCACCAUGAGGAUCUGCUAUCACAAGCUACUGGGGUGGAGACACUGGAGGGGGUCCUACAGAUGAUGCAAUCCAGGAUCCAGUCCCUGCUGGCAGCCAUGGAUCGAAUACGUUCAAAAGUCUCAGAACCUUUCAAUAAAAUUUCAUCAAGAACUACACAGCUGAGGAAUCUGCAGGAUACAUGUGAUCUCCUCAGAAGAAUCAUCAGAAUUAUGUACCUUGGUAAGAGAUUAAACAGUCAGUUACAGGGAGGAGCAAGGGAGAUAACUAAGGCAGCACAGAGUCUGAAUGAACUAGAUUAUAUUUGUGAGGGAGUGGAUCUAAGUGGGGUGGAGAUUAUAGAACAGGAUCGGCGCUUCAUCAAACAGGCCCGCAAAGACGUAGAAUCUCAGGCCCACAAAAUGCUGGAACAGGGAAUGGAAACCCAGAACCCGACACAGGUGGCGACCUCUCUCCAGGUAUUCCACAACCUGGGCAGUCUCCACCACACCGUGGAACGGGUCCUCCAGAACUGUCAGGAGAACCUGAACCGGAAUGUCCGCUCAUGUCUGGACGCACAAAGCCUCGCCCAGCAACACGCCCCCCAGGGCCGAGCUGGACCUGGCCGGGCGGCCAUGCCGGUGACAGGAAACACAGCGGCGUUCCGAGCCUCACUCUGGACAAACAUGGAGAAACUGAUGGACAACAUCUACGCUGCAUGUGCCCAGGUGCAGCAUUUACAGAAAGUUCUGGUGAAGAAACGGGACCCUGUCACUCACGUUUGUUUCAUUGAGGAGUUAGCAAAGCACCAAGAAGGUCAUGUGAACAUCAUGCAGGAAUUCUGGGAUAGCAUCACUCACAUGCUGACCAAUGAAUUUAACAACUCAACAGAAGCUUCCAUGCAUUUGAAGCAGGCCUUUGAAGGAGAAUAUCCCAAGCUGUUACGUCUGUACAACGACCUCUGGCGCAGACUUCAACAGUUCAGUAUCACUACGGCAACCUCCCUGUCUCAGUCGGAGCCGACCGGAGAGGAAGAUGUGAGCGUGGAGGACGAUAUCUUCAUCCCUGGAAGUAAACGGAAUCAGUAUGACUCCGAGAAAGCUUUGCGGGACACCCUGACGAAGUUUGAGAACGCAUACCUUUCCAAGUCUCUGUCAAGGCUGUUUGACCCAAUUAAUCUGGCCUUCAGUACGGGGAAUCCCCCAACCACACAGGAAGUGGAAACAAUCGUUAAGACCAUUGCCAGUGAGCUAAAUGUGGCUAGCGUGGAUACACAGCUUUGUAUAACUGUGGCUAAAAACGUGGCCAAGACGAUACAGCUGUUCUCAGUGAAGAGUGAACAACUGUUGAUUACGGAUGGUGAGGCGAGUCAGGUGAUUGGUCCCUGUACCCCGGGGCAACAACGGAAUGUCACCGUGGUCAACAUACUGUAUCUACUGCAUCAGUCCAUCACCAAGUUAUUGGAGGGUCUACAGAACUUUCCCCCUGAAGCCAUGGAAUGCAUUCAAAAGUCGUUAGAGGGAAAACCCCCACCGGGAGUGGUUGUCCUUAUGAGCAGUGCUCUAUCUCCUCUGAUGUCCUCAGUCCUAGAUGCCGUGGAAGCAAUAAUUCUGACAAUGCACCAAGAAGACUUCUCAAGUUCUGCUGUACCAGACCCAGGGAAGGAGUCGCAGUGUUCUCUGUAUAUGAGGGAGCUCCAGGAAUUUGUGUCCAGGUGUCAGGCUGAUUACCUGUCUAGAUACGAAUGUCAGGACUUCAUAUACGACAGCAUCAAGCCGAUAGCGUGUCGUUGUGUGGAGCUGUUUGUCAGACAUGCCAGCCUGAUCAGGCCCCUGGGUGAGGGAGGGAAGAUGAGACUGGCUGCUGACUUUGCCCAGAUGGAGUUAGCCAUCUCUCCCUUCUGUAGAAAAGUGUCUGAUCUCGGCAACCAUUAUAAGCUUCUAAGGGCAUUUAGACCACUGCUGUUCCAGAACGCUGAACAUAUCAGUAAAAGCCAGGCCAUUGGUGACAUCAUUCCACACAGCACCAUUCUUCACUUCUUGUUCGCGAGAGCUCCACAGGAAAUGAAGUCUCCUCACCAGUCGGCUGAUUGGUCAAUAAGUAGAUACUCCCAGUGGUUAGAGGACCACCCCUCAGAAAAAGACAGACUCACCCUGAUCAAGGGUGCGUUGGAGGGAUAUGUGAAUCAGAUGAAGUCCCGACAGGCUCGAGAGUUUGCGGAGAUUUAUCCGAUCAUGUUGGAUCUCUUACAGAAGGGACUUCAGACCUGCUCAUGACAUAUUUAUUACUAGAGCUAGUGUACAACAUUGGUUCUGCUUUGUAUAUUAUAAUCAUUUUUAUUUAAUUAAUGAAAUAAAAAAAUAACAACAG